GUUAAAUCGCCAUAGGUGCUCGCAUAGACAAAUAGUUCCUUUUUAUAAUAUAUUGCAAUGAAACAUUUCUGACUCAAAAUAAAAAUACUAAGUAUUGCUGUGUAAAAAUAUUUUAUAAGGGCGGUCAAACUAGUCUCUCAUAAUUUGAUUUAUCUCAAAAGCCAAUUAUUUCGUAUAUGAUUUGGCGCCAAUUCCAUUCCCCAGACCGCCCGUCAAGGAAUACGUCAGUGCACAUUUGCUGUGUCGUAUUUGUUGUUUACUUGUGUUGUGUCCGUAUAAAUAAAGUGCUUGUGAUUUAAGUAAAAUGGCUUUAAAUGAUGAUAAUGAGGAAAAUAUAGAAAAAAGUCAUAAAGAUUUGUGUUUAGAAUUAAAUAUGGACACGUCUGCAGCUACUGCUUCGUGGGAUUCUUACAAUUCUAUUAGAGAAAAUUGUACAUUAGAGGGAAACCCGAAGCACUGGUUAUGUUGCUCAUUAUAUGUAGCCUGUCGACAAGAUAUGACUCCCACAGUGGGUACAAGUGAGGCCUUAGUAGAAGGAAAUUGUGUCAGUUUAACUAGAUUAUUGAGAUUGUGCAAUAUUAGUCUGGGUGAGUUUUUUAAAAAAGUUAAGACAUGGGCUGAAUUGACAAAUAUGCCUGAAUCAUUUAUGAGACGUAUAGAUAGAUUAGAAAAAAGUAUAGCUGUGUCUGUGAUUUUAUUUCAAAAGUUUCAAGCUUUAUUCGAACAACUGUUUGUGAAACCCAACAAAGAAAGUUUGAGGAUCAACAAGUCUCGCAAACAAAACAGAAAUAUUAAAUGCUCUUCAGCAAGAUUAUCACAGUUCUGUUGGGUUCUUUUUGUUUGCAUCAAAGGAGAACACCCUCACAAAAGUGAUGAUUUAAUUUGCCUGUACCAUCUAUUGCUGUGCUGCAUUGAUUUGUUAUAUUCAAAUGCUAUUGCCGCAGGACGGACUGAUCUUAUUAAUUCUAGUUUCAGUGGAUUACCAAUAAACUGGAAUACUCCUAAUUGGACAGCCCCUACUAAACCUAUAUCAAUAUUAAAUGUUUUAUGUAGCGCUGGAGAUUGUGCUCCUGCUUUAGAAGAUACACUGCAUACAAUGGAAUACACUCUGAAACCUAUAUUAAAAAGAUACUUUAAAGAAAGUAUUCUCAUGGGAGAUGGCAAUAACUUCACAAAAAUUUUAGAUGUAGAGAAUUUUGAGAAGAAUCUUUCAAAAUUAAAUAAUUUAUAUGAUACUUAUGUUUUAAGUGUUGGAGAAUUUGAUGAAAGAAUACUAUUUGAUGACUAUGCUGCAGGAUCUCAAGAACGGAAUUCUGAGCGUAUGUCAGCGACUCUUACUCCACACACUCCUCUUACAAAUCAAAGAUAUUUGAAUGGGCGAGGAAGAGAAUAUGGAUUGUCACCAGUGACAAAAGCCACACAAACUUUGACAAAACUUCAAGAAAUGCUGGAACCAUAUAGAAAUGGUCCUACUAACAAAUUGAAGGAAAUGUUUGCGUAUCAGGAGGUGGAUCCUAUGCCCAAAUUAAUAGAACGCAUCAAGAAGUGCUCUAAUACAUUUACACAAAAUUAUUUUGCCAGUUUUGUUGCUCUUAAUCGUGUUAAUAAUCGUGGCUCAAUUACACCAAAUCCCGCAUCAGAUAUUACUCUCUCUAAACAAAGACUACAGUUGUCUACUUCAUUAUAUUGGAGAUUGUUGGAAAAUAUAUUGAGAGAUGAACUAAGACGUAAAAAGACGUUAAAUAUGAGUCAAUUACUUGAUGUUGACAUCUUUCAUCUAACUCUAUUUGCGUGUUGCGUGGAAAUCAUCAUUUUUGCAUUCGGCUCACAACAACAUAAGUUUCCUUGGAUUUUGGAGUGCUUCAAAAUUCAUGCCUUUGAUUUCUACAAAAUAAUUGAAAUUGUUGUUAGGACAGAAGAAAAGUUAACAAGGGAAAUUGUCAAGCUUUUGAAUAAUAUUGAAGAGCAAAUAUUAGGAACUAAAGCAUGGGAAUCAAAUUCAGUUGUUUGGGAUAAAUUGAAUGGUACACCAGGAUCUGUUCCACAGUCUCAAGAUGUGGCACUUCCUGAGUUAAUAAUGAACGAUUCAAAUACAGUAACUGGAAAUACACCAAUCUCAAAUCCUAUUAUUAAAAAGAUUGCCACAACCCCAAUUUCAGGUGUUCCAAAUAGUCCAGUAUCAUUUGCAUCUGAGCGCUUCCAAUCUCCAGUGAGUGAACAAGCUCGCAAACAAUUGUUUCCUUCAACAUCCACAUUAGCACAUCAAAAGCAAAUUGAAAACCAAGAUAAUUGUUCAACGGAUCAAAUAGAAACAGUGCGAUCAAAUAUAUCAUCACCCGAGUCAAUAGCCUCUUCUAGAUCUCAUCAAGCAAACAUAAAAAAAUUAGGAUCUUUAGGAUUGUUUUUUAGGAAGUUUUACCAGCUGGCAUCAAUCAGGCUUGAGAAACUCUGCAAAGAACUUCAAUUGCUGGACAAUGAACUGCAGUGCAAGAUCUGGACUUGCUUUGAAUAUGCUAUCACCAAUUAUACAGAACUGAUGAAAGAUAGGCAUUUGGAUCAAAUACUCAUGUGCACUGUUUAUGCAAUUUGCAAGGUUUGUGGCAGCAAAGAUCAAGGAAGAUCAUUCACCGAAAUCAUGAAGAACUAUCGUCUGCAACCUCAAUCAAACAGUAAUGUCUACCGAAGUGUUUUGAUUUCAAAACGAACAGAUCCAGGUAAUCCUUCUAGGCCAGAUAUAGAAGAUCGUGGUGAUCUUAUUAAGUUUUACAAUCAAGUAUAUGUUGUGACAGUUCAAGAAUUUGCAUUACGAUUUUCUAGGAAUGACCAAAAUGUGCCUGCGUUAUCUCCUUUGCCUGUGGGAAGAUCUCCCUGCUUAUCACCACGAAGGGUUAGUGAUCAACAUGCUUUAUAUGUAACAUCAUUGGAUUCAAGAGUACCUCCUAAAAGUGGAAACUGUCAUGUUUAUAAGUUCAGUAGAAGUCCAGCUAAGUCAUUGCGCGAAAUAAAUGCAGCCAUGAACAACACAUCUAUUACAAAAGGUGGAUUCAAAAGGUCAGUAGAACAUUUACAAGAAGGUAUCAUUGAAGCUAAUGGUGGCGAUCCAUCAGCUAUCAGAAUUCCAACCUUAUCAAACAAUACAACCAGUGGAGGCUUAUUUUCUUCGAAAAAGCUUCGAGGGUUAAUAAAUGAUAGACAAGUGAAAUGAAUAAAAAUAUUAAUUGUGGUACUUCAAACUAUUGUGAUGGAAUAUUUCAAGGUGUAGCCUAGGAUAAAUGCUGUAUAUAAUUUUUAUUAUUUAA